GGGAUAUUCGAUGUAGCAUUCAGCAGCAUAAUGAUGGCAUCAGCCAAUGUGACUCAACUCGGUCGGGAGUGUCACUCAAGCCUUUGUCAAAGCAAGUCGAAACAGAAUACAGCCUCGUAUAAUUCUAUCACUAAACAAGGAUUAAACAUAUAUUUGUGCACUAAAUCCAAUUUUUGCAAUCAUUGAUAUGGAUUCAUUUGUGGAUUCGUUUAUGGAUUCAUUUAUUAAGAAACUAACCAAGACUUACCACAGGAGUGUUUAUCCAGCUGUCACUCCCACCCGCCCCGAGCUCUCUCAGGCAGGAAAAACAGUUUUAAUCACAGGCGCUUCGACAGGCAUCGGGUACCAUGUUGCCAAGUCCUUCGUACAGGCCAAGGCAGAGAAAGUCAUCAUCCUCGGCCGACGAGUAGACAAAGUCAAGGCCGCCGCCGAAUCUCUAUCCGCAGAGAGCCAGGGCACUAAGGUGGUCGCUAUCCCAUGCGAUGUUGGUAGUCCUACAGCCGUCGCCGAGCUCUGGGGUCGCCUUGCCGGCGAGGGCACGCGCAUCGAUGUCCUAGUGCUCAAUGCGGCGAACACGGGUAUCGUAAAGCCUCUGAUGGAACAGGGCUUGGCGGGCGUCUGGGAAGCGUAUGACUUUAAUGUGCGCGCGCAGUUUGACAUGACGGAGCGGUUCUAUAAACAGGAGCUAGGCGCCGGUAUCAAAAAGUAUCUUAUCCACGUGUCGACUGGCGCGGUCCAUAACUUCGACGCCACGGCGGUAAUGCCGACUUACUCCAUGACCAAGCAUGCAGGCGCGCUUACAUUACAACUCGUAGCGUAUGAUAUCCCUCCGGAGGAUAUGCAGGUCAUCAUUUUUCACCCUGGCGCCAUCUUCACCGAGGCCGCGGAGAGUCAGGGCUUUACUAAGGAUUCCCUGCCUUGGGAAGACGUCUCGCUCGCAGGUGGCUUCGCCGUCUGGGCGGCCACUCCCGAAGCUGAGUUCAUCCACGGCCGAUUCGUAUGGGCCGGGUGGGACGUCGACGAGCUUAAGACUGGUGAGCUGGGGAAGCGUCUCAAGGAGGACCCAAACUUCUUGAAAUUCGGCGUAAAUGGCAUCUAAGGGAGGCAGGGAUGAACGAAAGGAGAAUCAAUCUUGUACUUUCAUGACAAAAUCUCAGUUCAGUCAG